AUGGAGACACUGUUAUUAGAGAAAAAGGUUGUACUCCUUGGCAAUACAGAUGUAGGAAAGACUGCAAUCGCUAUAAGAUAUUCAGAGGGUAUAUUCCCCACGAGGCCACUAUCAACCGUCGGUGCCUCAUUCCUUACAAAGAAUGUACAUGUGGAUGGUUGCAGAAUAAAGUUCCAGAUUUGGGACACGGCUGGGCAGGACAGGUUCAGAUCUCUGGCGCCAAUGUACUACCGAGGUGCAUGUGUAGCCGUACUGGUGUUUGACAUUACAAUCAGCAAGUCAUUCGAUAAAGUCAAGGAAUGGGUAGAAGAACUGAGGUCAAACAUACUGGAAGAUAUAGUAUUGGUAUUAUGUGGAAACAAGAUAGACUUGGAAGCAAGAAGAACAAUGAUGGCACUGCGCCAAAGCACAGUCACAAUCACAGUCACAGCUACAGUCACAAGUCCUCCUCCUUCCUCCUCAUAUUCAUUCAAUCAUUCAAUCAAUCAAUCAAGCAUAGUGGACAAUCAUUUCCAAACCUCCAUCUUACUACCUUCACCUUGGAUUAUCACAUUUAAUUCUGCCUGUCAACCAUCAACCAAUCAAUCAAUCAAUCAAUCACAACAUCCAACCAACAAACCAAUCAAUCAAUCAAACAUUCCCCUUCUCCAUACCUCCCUCCUAUCUCCUUUAUGUCGAUCUCUCUCCCAUGCCAUCAAGCUCAAUCAAACAAUCAAUCAGACUAUA